AUGAGCAAGACACAAAGUUCUGAGGGCGUCUUCAGCAAGAACCGUGAUUUGAGAAUUGAUCUGCUCUUUCACGGUGCUCGUGAUCGGAACAAUGGUUCCAUCAGACUUGGAUCUGAAGCUGCAGCGAGAAAAAACAAGUUCAGAUGCUCCCUUGAUGUAGAAUCUUGUUCCCGGAUCAAGUCCAAUGGGCUCGAGUCGCCAAUGGCUUUGAAUUUAUCCUUUGCCAAUAGCAAAAGAGCACACUCGGUCUUGGAUCCAACAAACUCCUCUUCAACCUCCUGCUGCACUGGUGGUGGUGACUUCUUGAACCAACUGGAUUUCUCCUUCACUGGAGCUUUUUCCUCCUUCUUGGACUCGAAAGCGGUGGAGUUCAACAUAACGUUGUCCAAGACGCUUGCCUUCAAUCUAUCAGCGACUUGUCCCGCCACCUCCAGACUGGUUACGGUUCCAUCUGAAUUGGUAUCGUCAAACUCCUGGUCUCCAAUAAAUCCACGAACAACACGCAUUCUGUUCUCCGUCAAAGUACCCGUCUUGUCUGAGCAAAUAGCGGUCGCACCGCCCAUUGUCUCACAACUCUUCAAAACACGCACCAGAUUGCCGUCCUUCAUCAUACGCGUUGUAGCGAAGGCAAGAGCAAGAGUCACGGCCAACGGCAAUCCUUCAGGAACAGCCACCACAAUAAUGGUAAUUGCAGUGAUCAAGAUGUUGACAAACUUUGUACCUUUUUGA